ACGCCCUGGGCCAUGACGCAUCUCCAUCUGUCUGCUCAGGCUCCGCCUGUGUGACUGAGUCAUCGCUGCCGCAGCUGUUUCAUGUCACCAUUCCCUUACUGAACAGUUGGAUGGGGCGUCGGGCGGAUGACAGCGGGAACAGUUGUGAUCACGGGCGGGAUCCUAGCUGCAGUCAUCCUCCUCUCCAUCAUCGCCGUCCUGUGCUACUGUAGGCUCCAGUAUUACUGCUGCAAGAAGAGCGGAGACCAGGAUGCAGAUGAAGAGGAGGAGGAGCGCGAGCUGCCCACACUCCCCGGAGGCCCCCCCUGCAAUGCCUGCAGCUCCCAAGCCCUGGACGGCAGAGGCAGCCUGGCGCCUCUCACCAGGGAGCCCUGUGGCCAGCCGUGCAGGGUGGCCGCCAGCCACUGCGCCACCUGCUCCCCAUACAGCUCCCCCUUUUACAUACGGAUGGCGGACAUGGUGCCCAAUGGGGGCGGAGGCGAGAGGCUCUCCUUCGCUCCCACAUACUACAAGGAGGGGGGACCCCUGCCCUUCCAAUUGGCAGCACCCCAGAGUUACCCGGUGACAUGGCCAGGCUCUGGGCGUGAGGCCUUCACCAAUCCAAGGGCUAUUAGCACAGACGUGUAACCCCUCUCACCCCCCACCCCCACGCACACCAACACUGCAGCUCCAUCGGGAGCACUAGGGCCAGCGGCUGGCCCCUCCAACACCCCUCAAGGACUGUCUCCGUUUCCUUGGCUUUUCCUGCCCCACAGUGGAAGGUUCGCCAGGAUUGAAGCCAUUGGGUGCAUUGAGAACCAGGGCAGGGCCUGGCCCCCUGGCCCAGAGGUGGGGCCUGACACGUUCGAGUUGGCAGCUUUGCCACUGUCUCUGUUGGGACGUUCCUCCGGCCAGCUCCAGCACCCCCAGCUUGCCUCACUCUCUGGCUUUGCCAGAUUGUGAGAAGAGGGUAAGCUUUGCAAUGGUCUGGAGGCCUCCAGAGCCCUUGGGGAGUGAAAGAAGAAAGAGAUCGCAGGGCAGGGGGCCAGGGGCAAUAAGACACCACAGAAUUUCAGGAAGAGGAGGGUGUUAAAGGGACUGCUUCAGGACUGGCUUGCUAGAACGAAUCCAAAAGCCAGUUCACAAUCCAGUUUUCUAUGUUUGGUUGUCAUAGAGAAAUAGAUACUGAUUCCUGUCCACAUCACAGCUGUGUCUGUCUCCUUCCUUGUGGAACACACUGAGUUGGCUUUGAAGCCAUAAGGUUACUGCGGGUUAGGCAGCAAAGUGACUGUCAACCUUGUCUCCCCACACAUCCUUUCUCUGCUUCGGGAACCAGCUGCCUAGCUGGGAACCUUUUCCAAGUUUUGUUACUAAAGUUAGAGUAGCUUAAGUUAGGGAGUGAGGUCCUGCUGACGGUCUCUGGGCCCGUGGUCCCCCCCGCCGAGCAGUGUGCGUGGGUGCAGUCCUGGGAGGGCGCAUGCAUUCUCAGGUGUGUGCACACACCUGUCACCGAAAGCACACAAGCUUUGCCGUCUCCAGGAGCUGCAGAGUGGGAGGGUCUCGGAUGUAGCAACUAGAAAGGAAAAUCUGACCCCCAGACAAGGUGAUCAAGGUAACCAAUCCCCACAGUAAUGACGUGGCUGGUACAGGAGGAGGCCGAGGAGUCUCCCAUGGGAUGUUGCUGCCAAGUGUGCCCCUCUAGAGCCUUCUACUCGGGCAUUCAGCCACGACACAGUAGAGCCAGACCACUCAUUCCACCAGGGACAGAGGCCCUCACUCUUGAGGCCUAAAGGGAUCUGACUUAGCAAUUCAGUUCUGCUUGCUGUCCUCCCUCCACCGCCCCACCUCCAGUUUCCUGAUGAGGGCCUACUCCUUGCUGUCUGACUCUAGCCCCAGGUCCAAUUCCUACUUCCCACUUAUAGCCCAGCCGUGGCCUUACGCUAUCUGAGUGAACGCAUCUGAUGAGUUUCCCAGCUGCCCCUGCAGUAAGGAGUGGGCUGCACCCCCUCUGAAGGUCAUAACUAACCCCCACACACUCUUGAAUGUUGCAGAGGGUAGGGCAGGGAAGGAGCUGGCCCCUCUGCUGAUUUUGCGUUUGAGCAAGGGCAGGGUGCAGCCACGGGAGGGGGGACGACAAUUCACACCUUUGCAUCACUGUUCAGGCCCUGUCACCCUGCACUCAGUCUGUAAUGAAGGCACACUGGGUGGAGAACCAGAGGACCUCGGUCUGGCCACGCUUUUGUCACUCAUUAGCUCCAGGACCAGUUACUUACCUUCUCUGAGACCCCAUUUUCUUCAAGGAACUGAGACUUGCCCAGAUGGACUCUAAGGACCCUUGAGUGCUCCAUGAAGCCAGGACUCCAUGAAAGGUCUGCCAACCAAGCCACACUCUCCCGGCCCAGUCCUGGCAGGGGCUGGAGCACUUGCCUAGUGCCUGACCCUGUGUGCAGGGACGCCUGCUGAGGGGUGCAAGACGACAGGACUAGCAGGCAAGGAGAUUCAAUUGUCUGUGAAAAGCACACGCUUGUCUGGCUCUCCCAUGAGUGACCUCAAAUGGUAACAUUUCUCUUAUACCAGAAGGCAG